AUGCGCCUGUUGUCACUCAAAUAUUCUUUCUCUCUCUCUCUCUCUCUCUCUCUCUCUCUCUCUCUCUCUCUCUCAUAUAAUUUCACUAUUUCUCAAGUUUUGCAAAUACCUUUUCUCCCUCACUCACACUCUAUAUUAUCUCUGUCUCACAAUAUAAGCACAACAUUUCUUCGCCAUCUUUGCCUCUCUCUUUCUCUCAGUUACCUCCACAUGCCUCAUGUCGUUUCAUUAAUUCCAUCAAAGACUCCACAACUGGCCGCGCAGGUUGCAAAUAAUAUUCGGCAUAUAUUUGGGCGCAUUUCGUUAAAAGCAAGCAGAUUCUCUCCCCUAUUUCUUUAUUUUGCUUCGUUCUUCUUCUUCUUCUUCUUCUUUCUUUCUUUCAUUUUCUUUCUUGCCCUUCUUUUUUUCUUUCUUGCUCUUCUUCCUUUCUUUUUCUCUCUUGCUGUUCUUGUUUUAUUUUUCUUUCUUUUUCUUAUAUUGUUUUUCUCUAUUGCUCUUCUUGAUGUCAGUUUCUCUAUUGGCUUCCCUACGGUAUUUUUCUCUGCUACUCUUCAUGCUUUCUUUUUCUCUCUUGCUCUUCUUCCUUUCUUUUUCUCUCUUGCUCUUCUUUCUUUCUUCUUUUACCUUGCUCUUCUUUCUUUCUUCUUUUCUCGGGUUCUUCUUGCUUUUUUUCUCUCUGGAUUCUCUUGCUUUGUUUUUUCUCUGUGGCUUUCUUUUUCUCUCUUGCUCUUCUUGACUUUUUUUCUCUCUCUCAUUCUUCUUGGGUUGUUCUUUCUCUCUGGCUUUUCCUGCUUUCUUUUUCUCUCUUGCUCUUCUUACUUCAAAACAAUGUAUGCAAGAAAUUGGCGUCGCUUGUCACCGGCCCGUGAAAUGCUGCGCGUGCGUGCCACAUCCUCUUCAAUGAUUAGUUCCAAUGAGGAUGUGAAAAAGAAAAAUGGCUGUCACCGGAACAGGAAGGAAUGA